GGAAACAAGGUAGCAUGCAAGCUCCUAUUAAAGCGACACGCGCUCCUCUACUGCAGGUGGAAGUUGAAAUACUUUAUCCGUGAACCUGUCCCCAGAGCGGCCAUGCAGGCUGGGGCAUUUGUCUCUGUUCUGGCAGGCUCUAAGGCACGCCAAUAUUUGGCCGGCUGUCGGUGAGGACCACAGAUCGAAGACGGUCGAGAUACUGGGUCUCGCGGCGUAUCGCGGCUCCGUCGACACCUCCAAGCAAGUCCUCAGUCACUGUGCGGUGUUUUUGGACCCCGAAGAUCCUGCAUAUGACACUUUUCUCGUGUCGGCAGUUCUGGGCAAGCAACCGCCACAUCAAAGCCUUUCCCUCCAAGAUGAGCUCUUUGUUGAAGAACCCAGUCCAAGACGCAGUCCAAGGCCCAACCACAAAAGCCGUGCAAGACACAGCAGCUACUGUGAUUGAUAUCAGCAAGGCGGUGGAGCAGCUCCUGGACGGUCUUGCCAGCCAGCCACAACAGAUCCUUCAUGUCUAUUUGUACAGUGAUUAAACCAGAGCCAUCGAGGAGAAAUCAUGCAUUUCGUUCAAGAGUCUGGAUGUGAAUAUAAUUAAACUGUCUGAUGUUCGAGACCUCCUGUUUAGCGAAAAGGUCUUGGAGCCGACAUUGUAAGUGCCCGCACCGAGACAAAGUCAACAACAUCCAUUCACCUUCGUCCUACAGGCUAUGGAGCUCCUUCUGCAAUCAGCGUGGGGCUAAACCACCACCUUCCAGUUUACCAGCAACAAAGCGGGGAACAAAUCGGUGUACGUGCAAGAGGGCGACGAGGUCUUCAUUGACCAGUUCGACAAAG